GAAAAAAAAUGUCUUCACUGUAUAGACCAGCUAAGAUUAUUGAUAGAGAUGGCAAGGAGGACAAGACCUACCUGACUGAUGUGAUUCAUACAUCGGAUUCUGUGGUGUGGAGUGGUGAUGAUGAAGAUAGCAGCAGCAAUAAUGGAAAGAGUCAUUCUAAGAGGAGUAAUUAUUCAUUGUUGUUUUUUGCAAUGGUUGCCCUCCUGUUAUCGGUGUAUAUUUAUCAAAGUGAUGGAAUUAAUACAAUGAAGAGUGUUGUGAGUUCUGUGAUACAGGAUUCAAAUGCUAAAGCUAUUAGAAACAAACCACAAAAAGUUCAUACAAAAAGAUCAAAUUUUGUGUCUAAACCAAAAGUUCAAAAAUCCGAGCGUUUAUAUGAUGUAGUUGAUUAUGUAUAUAAUUGCAGUAAUGAUCAUUCUGUUACUGAAUUGCCUGGUUAUGGAUCUAUUUCAAGAGAAGACGAAUCUCUUUAUUCAUUUGCUGGUCAUUUAUCAGUCCAUAGAGAGGAUACUAAUAAGGACAGAUUUGGAGCUUUGUUUUAUUGGUUCUUUGGUAGAAAGGAUUCUGAAAGACCAAUCAUGCUCUGGCUUCAAGGAGGUCCAUCAGCUUCAAGCAUGAUUGCAGCAUUUGAGGAAUUUAUUUCACCCUUCUAUAUUAGUAAUUCAACAAAUCAAUUGAAUUUACAUUAUAAUAAUCAGUCAUGGAUUUCACAAUGUGAUUUAUUAUUUAUUGACCAACCUGUUGGAGCUGGUUUCAGCUAUGAAUAUCCUACAAAUGAUUUUACAACCACUAGACAUCAAGUAUCAAAUGAUUUAUACAGUGUAUUACUUAACUUUUUUGAUAAAUAUCCACAAUUCAGAAAUAGAGAUUUGAUUUUUGCUGGAGAAAGUUAUGCUGGAAAGUAUUUGCCUUCUCUUGCUGAGAGAGUUUAUUUACUCAAGAUGGAAGGAGACGAACCAACUUAUGAACCUGUUCAAAAGCAUGGUAUUCACAAGAGACUCAAAGGUAUUAUUAUUGGAGAUGGGUUUACUGCACCAAUUGUUCAAAGAGUUUUGAAAGCAGAUCAAGCUUACUGGAGUGGACUUCUUGGAUAUCAACAACGUCAACAAUUGAAAACCUUGCAAAGAGAUUGUGUCAGACACAUUCAAGAGGGAAACACUGUUGAGCUUGGAUCUGCAUGUGAGGCUGUCAAGUCUUAUAUUUUAAUUGCCUCUGGUGUUAUUAAUAUUUAUGAUAUUAGAACCUUUUCUCCUUCAACUGAUAAACCUAGAUUGGAAGGCUAUCUCAAUCAACCAGAUGUUAAGAAAGCCCUUCACAUUCUUGAUAGAGACAUUCCAAACAAACCAGAAGACAUCAAAUUUUGGUCAACUCGUCCACAUCCUGUCUACGACUACCUUAAGGCUGAUAUUUUGACGGAUUUGAGAGAUUUGUUACCUCAAAUUGCAGAAAGAACUAAAUUAUUACUCUAUGGAGGUAAUUUCGAUUUGCAGGAUGGACCUCAACCUAUUGAAAGAUUUUUAUUAACAAUUAAUGACCCAAUGAUUAAGAGAUGGGUUGAAGCUCCAAGAAAUCUCUUCUUUGUAAAUAACAAAGUUGCUGGAUAUGAAAAGAGCUCUGGAAACUUUUCCUUAGUGACAAUUUUCGGAAAUGGCCACUUUGUACAUAGUCAAAAGGACUCUAUGAGAGCUUUACUCAAAAAGUUUAUUGCCCUAACCUAUCAGCCAACUGCUGAUUUGUCAUUCUGUUCUGAAAGUGAAACCAUUCCUGUAAGGUUCAAGACUCUAACUCCUUCUACCUUCCUCAAAUAUUUGUACGAUAACGAAACUAUGGAGCACAGAAUUCCAUGUCAAAGUCAACAAUUGAUUUGUGAAAAGAUUUUGAAGAAUUGUAAUGGACACGGUACUUGUGUUCAUGGAUAUUGUAAAUGUAUUCCUGGAUAUACUGGAGAAACAUGUGAAAAUGUGGUUCAAGUCAUUCCAAUUGGAUAUGAAUCUGAGGAACCAUUCGUUAUGAAACAACAAGAAUUAUUCUAUGGAAAAGUUCAUUUGGAAGAAAGAAAGGCCAUUACAACAGUGCAAGUAAAUUGGAGACCAAAGGAAGUGAAUGAAUUUGACCAACCUCUAAAAGCACCAAACUACAAGUAUGAUUCAGUUUCCAAACCAUCAUCCAAGAUGUGUUUGAUUAUUAAAAGAGGCUCUCUUCCAAAGAUGGAUGAUUAUGACAAAGUUCAUUGUAAGGACUCUCAUUUGGAUGGUCCUCUUUUAGUUGUUUCGAAUAGUACUCAAACUGAAGAAAUGAAAGGAAGAUUAUUCUUUGGAAUUGUCAACACACAACAAUAUGAAGUUGAGUGUGAAUUGAAAGUUUUAUCAUGGAAUCAAGAGUAUUCUGUAUUCUUACUGGACGAAACUGUUUCAAAGUUAAAUAACGAGAGAAAUUUCCUUCUAGGAAGCACCAUUCUUCUGCUAAUAAUUGUAAUUAUUGGUGGAUUCAUGUUAAAAUGUAAAUAAAUUAAUUAGAAAUUCUAAAUAUU